AUGGCCUACCAGAAAUUCGUUUUCAGACAGAAUAUACUCGCAGCCGUCAAGUUGGUGCUGAUGUUGUCGUUUGGCGGAAGUUGGAUGAUUUCAGGCAGUUUUAACAAGUCGGUUGCUGUACAUAAAGAUGAGCCUCCUGGUGCGCGGCUCGAGAGCACGUUUUUCUCUCGAAAUCUCAAUCAACUGCCUGGUUGGCGUCUAUUACAACAGCUCGCCACCACAACCUCAGCAGCAAGGCGGCUGACCGAGAAUGUUGGUGGCGUUCUGUAUGAUCCAAUGGGCGCUGACAGCAGCCGAUUCGAUACGGAGGAUUAG